UGACAGAGGAGCUCGCCACAGAGGGAGAAAUAUUUGGACUUAACUUCCAGCAGCGUGGAGGGACACUGGAAGGCUUCUGUGAGUGGAUCUGUGUCACAGCAGGUACUCCACUACCUGUCCAAUCAGCGCUGCAGAGCAGUGUCAGGAUUACAGGUGUCUCUGCUGAGGAACUGAGGAGCACACGAGGUGGUUCUUCUGCAGUCACAGAACAGGACGAAACUCAUGGUCCAACAAACCCAGGCCAACCAACAAUGACCUUCAGAGAUUUGCCUGAUUGAGCAAUGACAGUAUAUGAAUUAUCUGGGAAUACAGUGGAAUUCUUGCCCAGUCCGUGCCAGCAGGUCAAAUCCAGCUUUGGACGUUCAUUCUCAACCUCAAACUAACCCAGUUUGUUUUUAACAUUGCUUUCCCUUUUUUUGACAAACACAUUCACUGAUGAUAACAAAGAGAUAUGUCACUAUAUUCCUGGUGGGAUCCUGCUUGUUAUUGGACCACUCCUCCCAAAUCCCUUUGCAGACUUCCCUCCACAACAGAACUAGCAGGGGUGCCAUUACAUUUUCUGGUGGAGGGAGGAAAAAUCUGAGUUUGAGGCCUUCUUUGGGGGAAGUUCCAUCAGUGGAGGGCAAGAGGAGAUGGCGGAGGCAGGGUAGGUUGGGAACUCACCGGAUUAAGAGAGGAUGGGUGUGGAACCAGUUCUUUGUCCUGGAGGAGUACAUGGGAUCUGAACCUCAGUAUGUUGGAAAGCUCCACACUGAGAUGGACCAGGGAGAUAAUGCAGUGAAAUAUACACUCUCAGGAGAGGGAGUGGGGUCUGUCUUCACCAUUGACCAAAUGACAGGAGAUAUACAUGCACAGGUGGUGCUUGACAGGGAGAAAAAAUCGUACUAUACGCUGAAGGCCCAGGCUGUUGACGUUCAUACAGGCAUCCCUCUUGAGCCAGAGUCUGAGUUUAUCAUCAAGGUGCAGGAUAUUAAUGACAAUGAACCUCAGUUCCCAGAUGGACCCUACAGCGCCAGCGUCCCAGAGAUGUCCCCAACAGGAACCUACGUGACACAGGUGACUGCCACAGAUGCAGAUGACCCCACGUAUGGCAACAGUGCUCGCGUUGUCUACAGCAUCCUUCACGGCCAGCCCUACUUCUCUGUGGACCCCAAAACAGGUAUAAUUCGGACAGCUCUGGCCAACAUGGACCGUGAGGUGAAAGAGGAAUACCAGGUUCUUCUCCAGGCCAAGGAUAUGGGUGGUCAACUGGGGGGACUGGCCUCCACCACCAUCAUCAAUAUCACCCUGACUGAUGUCAAUGACAACCCUCCACGCUUCACUAAGAGUAUUUUUAAUCUUCAUGUACCAGAGUCAGCAUCAUUGGGUGCAGCUGUGGGACGAAUUCAAGCCCAGGAUUUGGAUGUAGGCAGCAACGCACGGGUGGAGUAUGCCAUUGUUCCAGGAGAUGAGGGCAACGUGUUUGACAUCAUCUGUAAUGGUCAAAGUCAAGAAGGGAUAAUUGUUCUGAAAAAGACUCUUGACUAUGAAACCCAAGCGUCCUAUACUUUCAAGGUGGAAGCAUUUAAUGCAGAGCUAGAUCCCCGUUUCCUCCAUCUGGGGCCCUUCAAGGACUCUGUGACAGUCGAAAUUAACGUACUGGAUGUGGACGAGCCUCCUGUCUUCACCACGCCUUACUAUUCUUUGGACGUGUACGAGGACACUCCCCCAGGAACCAUCAUUGGCUCAGUGACCGCUUAUGACCUGGAUGCUAGUAGCAGUGCUGUCAGGUAUUCUCUGGAGUGGCAGACUGGCUCUGACAGCUUUUUUGACAUUGAGACGGUGGAAGGAAUCAUAUCCACUAAUGAAUACUUGGACAGAGAGACAGCUGUUCAGCACAAUAUCACUGUGGUGGCAACCAAACUUAAUAAUCCUUCGCUGUCUGCAGAAGUGUUAGUGAAGGUCAACGUCCUGGAUGUGAAUGAGUUCCCUCCUCAGCUCACUGCUCCUUCAGAUACAUUCGUCUGUGAGAACUCCAGAGCUGGACAGGUGAUCCAGACAGUUGGCGCUGUGGACGAGGACCAGCCCCCUGUAGGCCAGAGGUUCUUCUUCAAGUCCUCCAAGGAGCUCCGAAACAGAAACUUCACUGUUAGAGAUUAUGGAAACAACACUGCUGGGAUUGUGACUCGACAUUCAGCUUUCCAGCGGCGGCUGCAGGAUGUCUACAUCCUUCCUGUUGUAGUUGAGGACAGCGGUUACCCCGCUCAGAGCAGCACAGCUACCCUGACCAUCAGAGUGUGUUCCUGUGAGACUGUGGGCUCACCUCUGACCUGCUCACCAGUGGCCAUGUUCCUGCCCGCUGAGCUCAGUGCUCAAGCUUUGUUGGCUAUUCUUCUGAGCAUUGCUCUGCUGAUUGGUAUGUCAGUGUUAUACAUGAGUCAGAGGCCCCAGAAAGUGAAAGACACGCUGAUGAGAUCAAAAGAAGACAUCCGUGAUAAUGUCAUUCACUAUGACGACGAGGGAGGUGGCGAGGCUGACACUGACGCGUUUCACAUGGGCACCUUGUGCAAAACAGACCACAGCAGCAUCUCCAACAAGAAGAAAAAUGGCUAUGGCGACGGCAUUCUGAUGCAUCUCAGCACCCACUGUGACAAUGUCAGGUCACCUGACAUCCAUCUGCAAACAGCCAGCUUCAUCGCCACCGGGAACAAGCCUCCACUCUUCUGCCGCGGCAGGGCGACCCAAGGCGAUGCUGAAUUGAUCAGAGAGGUCAUUGAACACCGACUGAAGGAGAGCCAGCAGGGGUACGCGGCCCUACCUGCUGAUUCACUGGCAACCUACGCAUACGAGGGGGAUGGCUCAGAGGCGCGUUCUCUCUCAUCCAUAGAGGACUCUUUUGUACUUGACAGUUUAGGGGAUUUUAGCUCGCUUGGCGACUGGGGGCAGCCAUUUAAAACACUGGCUAGCAUCCUUGACAAGCAGCCACCGUCUCUCUUUAACGAGAGCUGAGAGGAAAUUGAACUGAAUAUUAGUUCAGUUAGGCCAAAUAUUAUUGAACAUGUCACUUGUCAAUGUAUUUCUAAAGGUGCUGCUGACGUUUUCAUACAAAAGGUGUCUUGAAGCUGUGAUCUCAACAGAGGCUUGUUGUUACAUUUCAGUAAGUAGUUUUUUUCCCCAUGUCAUUUUCUCAUUAUUACAUCUGUUUCUCUGCAUGUGUGGACUGGAUGGGUUGUUGCUGCAAUCUGGUGGGAAUUUCAAGUCAACGGCACCUUGAGAAAUAUAUUUAGUUAAACAAUUGGUGAUGUGUGUGUAUGUGUGCAUAAUAUUCAACCAUCCAGUUUCUUCCACUUAUCUGGGGCCUCAGCCCCAGCAGAGAAGCCCAGACCUCCCUCUCUCCAGCAACUUCUUCUAGCGUGUCCAGGGGAACACCAGGGUGUUCCCAGAUCAGCUGAGAACAAUGAUCUCUCCAGCGUUUCCUGGCUCUUCCCUGUGGGACAUGCCUGCAAACCUCAAUAAGGAGGCGUCAGAUGCCUGAAAUAUACAUUUUUAAACGUGACAGACACUAGAACGAUGUAAGAAUUGUCAGAAUGAUAAAACCAAACUUGUUCACGUCGGUAGUAUUUAUAUGCUUCCACAUCAUCCAAGGGUCUGUCUUCUGUCUUCUCUCAAGUCUCAGCUUUCAAGCAUUCUCCCGGUGGAACCUGGUUUGGUUCAUCUUUGGAUUCACCUUAGUUUGGACAAGCUGGCAAGUAGGUUGCAAAAGUGAAUAUAAGUAAACCUCUUAACUGGUCAGUAAGGACCCAUACAGGUUUAGAGUGGGGUUUUGUUUUAGCUACUAUAAAACGACCAUUUGUGUUACUUUCAAGUGUCAUACGUCAAUGAGCAGUAAUGUUUUUCCAUUUAACAAUGUUCCAGAUUGAUGAUUUAUUUUAUAAAAAGAGCUAAAUGUUACUUUGAAUCUAACUCCAGAUGCAUCUCAGUGGGUUAGUGCUAAUGAGUUCAUGUGUGUGACCUGUAAGCUAAAAAUCCAGACUGGAAGGUAAAUGUGUUAUUAACUCAUAUUAAUUUUUUUCAUUGUUUUAUGAAAUGUUCAAUCGUGCGCCUAAAUAA